AGAAAAAUUCAAUUAUGAAGAAUUGAAAAAAUAUAUUGAUAUAAAAGGAAAUUGGAAGUUGGUUAGUGAAGUUGAUCAUCAAGCUCUUACUCGAGCUUAUCCAAAUUUAGAAGAAUGUUUAGAUUUUAUUCAAAACUAUAAAAAAUAUUUACUUGCAAAAAAUGAGAUUUUUUCUGAAAUUGAAAAGAAGUUGCCAACAAAUAGAAAUCAUUUAUUGUUUAGUGAAAUUAAAGAAUUUAAAAAGAAAAAAUUUGAUUAG